CUCCUGGGGGUUGCUGGCACAUGAAUGCGUGCUAUUGUUCCCCGCACACGUCGGCCUACAGCGAGAGCACAAAACAGGCCCGGCCUUAUUCUGGAGCGGAGCCCCCUCCAUCCCUGCAAGCGGUCCUUCCAGGUCACAUGCCGGAGGCCGCUGCACGCAGGACACAGCUGCCUCAAAUCUGCUGCCUGACAUUAGCUGCAGCUCAAAAAAAGAAAAAACCUAACAGCCUUGAGACCUUCCCGAGCUCCGCAGGGGAGGCUCCGGCUCUGCAGGCACGAUGUUCUCCCAGGAAGUGUGGCCGGAAAACGAGAAAAAGUGUGCCGUGGUCCGGAAGUCCAAGCAGGGCCGGAAGCGGCAGGAGCUGCUGGCCGUGGCCUUGGGGGUGAAGGUGGGCGUCAGGGGCAGCUUGCUUUGGCCCCCUCUCAAACUCUUUGCCUGUUCGCAGAUCUCCUCCCUGGUCCGAAGGGCCGCCCUCACACACAACGACAACCACUUCAACUAUGAGAAGACACACAACUUUAAGGUGCACACUUUCCGAGGCCCACACUGGUGUGAAUACUGUGCCAACUUCAUGUGGGGGCUCAUUGCCCAGGGGGUCAGGUGCUCAGACUGUGGGCUGAAUGUGCACAAGCAGUGCUCCAAGCAUGUGCCCAACGACUGCCAGCCCGACCUCAAGCGGAUCAAGAAGGUGUACUGUUGUGACCUGACCACGCUCGUGAAGGCCCACAACAUGCAGAGACCCAUGGUGGUGGACAUGUGUAUCCGGGAGAUUGAAGCAAGAGGAUUAAAGUCAGAAGGAAUUUACAGAGUCUCCGGGUUCACUGAGCACAUUGAAGAUGUCAAGAUGGCGUUUGACAGAGAUGGAGAAAAGGCGGACAUAUCUGCCAACAUCUACCCAGACAUCAACAUUAUCACUGGAGCCCUGAAACUCUACUUCCGAGACCUGCCCAUCCCUGUCAUCACAUAUGACACCUAUUCCAAAUUCAUAGAAGCAGCAAAAGUCUCCAGUGCAGAUGAGAGGCUGGAAGCCGUCCACGAGGUGCUGAUGCUGCUGCCGCCCGCCCACUACGAGACCCUGCGAUACCUGAUGAUCCACCUCAAGAAGGUCACCCUGAACGAGAAGGACAAUUUCAUGAACGCGGAAAACCUGGGGAUCGUGUUCGGGCCCACGCUGAUGAGGCCGCCCGAGGACAACACCCUCACCACCCUGCACGACAUGCGGUACCAGAAGCUGAUUGUGCAGAUUUUGAUAGAAAACGAAGAUGUUCUGUUCUAAGCCAUCAGGGACAGGAGCUCAAGGGGCCCCCGUCCCUUCUAAGUUGAUUCAGCUAAAGGAAUAAAAACAUUUCUUGCACUUGAUUUGUUUUUCAAACAAGUGACAGAAUUUCCUGGGCCGCGGUGCACCGCGGAGUCGGGUGCUGUGUCUCAUAGACGCGUCGUCUCCAUGUGAGAACGAGGGUGAGGGUGGGAAGAGGCCCUCACCCUGGCUCUUUUGCCGUGCCUCGUGUGUAUAUCUGUUCUGCUGCAAGAGUGAUUAAUAAAUCUUUCUUUAACUUAUUAAAAAAAGGAAACAAUGUAGACCUUGAAACUUCAGUCUUAGUAAUAAAAGGGAAUUUAAUUCUUAAAGGUACUUGAUACAGUUAUACAUUUUCCACUUUCAAAAAGAAGACAAUGCUAUAUGUUAAAUGUUAAAUGAAACCUAUAUUGUAAAAUGUAUUUUUAUUUUGGCUGCAAGAAUGUUAUUUUAUUUUAGCAAAUAGAACUCAAUGCAGUGCAUUGACGAUUGCCCUGUGUUCCUUGUUCCCCGCGUCCUUGCUGUGAUGAUAAAGUUGGUCCCGAAUGCAGUAUUAUCUUGACAUACCUCUGUCCUGAUUAGUGCUUCUCCGUAAAAUUCCACCUGCCACAUGUAUCCUGCUUCUGAUAGUUUUUGCUUCUGCUCUCCUGCAGUAUGUGUUCAUAGCCAUUGUGGAAUGGUCUGAAAUAGCCUCAAAUUUUCUUUCCAUAAAACUCUGGUGAAUUCCCAAAGUAUGCUUGGAUCCAGUCCUAGCCUCUCUGUGCCACCAGUGUGUGUCCCAGAACGUGCCGAACGUGGUCAUUUUACAGAUGGCGACUGGAGGAAGCGGGGCGUCUCUGGGCUGUGUAAAACUUGGCCCCUUUCUUCUUUCCUGUUUGGCCACGCCCCUUGAAUGCAUCCUUUAAUGGAAGGUUGUAUGUCUGUCACAUGUCUGUAUUGCUGAAAAGUCAAUCUGCAGAACAAUUUUUUCAUUUUUGUUUUAUAAACAAACCUAUUUUUGAAAGAAUGACAAAGACUGUUUGCUCCCCCUUGAUAAAGCAGAUGUGUAUGGGUCAUAAUUUGAUUACUGUAGUUCCAUCUGACUGGUUGCAUCGAUCUUAGCGUGAGCCUUUUACCCCAAGAUUUCUAUAUUUUGUAACAUAGGUGAGAUAUUUAAAGACAUCAAAAAGUGCAAAUCUAGAUUUUUUUCUUAAUCCAUCUGCCAUGUCUUUUCCUCUGAUUGACAUGAUCCCUGUAAGUACUCGCCCACUGCUGUCUGGAGUGAUCAGGAGAGAGCCUCCAUGUGUUCUCUGGGGCUGGAAGGAGCGCAGGACCCCUGGGGCCUACAGAUGGGACCCCUGGCACACAGGGGUCAAGCGGCUCAGCCUGGUCCCUGCUGCUCUCGUCCCGCCCAGCUGUACAGAUCGGUUUGUUGUAGCUUAUGUACUUCUUGACACUGUCAGAAAUUAUCUGGAAAUGGUUUUAUUUUGUGAAGUGAACAAUACUUUGUAAUUUAUGAUGGUGUAAAUGGAAGGAAAGACGUUACAUGUAUUAAAUUCUGCUGUCUGUCA